ACUCGCGACAAACGUCUCUUGCCUCGUCUCUUCCAUCUGAGCCCUCGACCUGGCUCCUUGAACGCCCCAAUCCCCUUCAUCCGAUCACCGACCACUAACACACCGCAACAUUCUGCACAUGCAUCUGCAUCUGCAGCCAUAGCAUAGCAUCCAUUCGCUGCUGUCUGUAACCUCUUUCUCUUCCUCUCUGCCGAUCCAUUCGCGAAACCCGCGACGGUGGGGGAGCGAAGCUCAGAACGAUUCCCCCCACCACACGGUCCACACCCUUAACAACCAACCACCCAGCCCUGCUCUUUCUAGCUGGGCUAAUGCCAUGAUUGAUGGAAGGGAGCCUGCUAAUAACGUCAAUGUUUCUUCUGCUUACUUGCUCUCUUCCCCUCCUGUCUCCCCUUCCACCGACCUCCGAACUUCGUCCGAGCUUGCGAGUCCGCCUUUACAACCUUCGAACCCCGGCGAUCCUGAUCCCGUUCCUCUUCGGCCUCUAGGCCAACGCGGCCGUCGACCGCCAGCCAGCACUUCUGAUUUCGAAUCCUCCGAACUCGAACCGGAAACCGACCCAGAUUGUCGUACUCGACCUUCCUCCCAUUCGAGGGAGCCAAAGUUCGAGCCCGUCUCGCAUUCUCUCCUGGCUCGGGUCGAGGUCCCGACCCUUACCUCCUCCUCGACGACCACGGCGCCUAUAGAACAUGGUGUAGACGCCGACGUCACGAUAGACCAAAGACGUUCCUCGUGCUCCCGCCCCGCCCGAACGGAGUCCGACUGCCCCAUGCGCUCAAAACCUUCCCUCUUGCGGUCCUCCGGGCGCAAAGUCUCGUACGGGUCUCUCUCUCAGGCAACGGGCCAUGAUGCGUCUCCGUCAGAGAGCGAAUCCCAGUCCGGCGACACCCAUCUCCUCCGGGAUGUCAGCACUACGAGGUCCGAAUCGUCCAGGGGCAAUACGCUCUCAAGGCAAACCUCGCGCAUCUCCGAGGAUCUCGAUACCGCCGCCCUGGGUAACGGCCCGGAGAGUCGCUUUGGUGUCGGCCACAUCGCCAUGCCCAGCGACGCCUUUCGGGAUUUCAAGUCUGACGCCGGAGACGAAGACGAGGACUUGUACCCAGGCUACGACUACGACUACGCCGACAGCGACCGCGGCGACGAACCGUCCCUCGAUGACUCCCCUCACGACAUAGUGAGGGCCUCCGUCCCCCCAAGCGACAACAUCACCCUCUCCAUAAACACCCCGCGCAUGUGGACCCUGUCCAUUCUCUUCUCCAUUCUCGGCUCGUCCACGAAUCUCUUUUUUUCUUUGCGAUACCCCAGCGUUUCCAUAACUCCCGUCAUCGCCUUGUUGUUGGUUCACCCGCUCGGUCUCUUGUGGGAUUACCUCUUCAAACGCCCCACCGAUCCGCCGCAAGAGUUCAUAGACGGCCUGCGCGCCUCCCCCGCCUCCCCCCACCCCGAGAGAAGGACGAUGGGGAGUCGCUUGCGUCUCUGGCUGGCGCAGGGCCGGUGGAAUAAGAAGGAGCACACGUGCGUCUACGUGAGCAGCAACGUCUCCUUCGGCUUCGCCUUUGCGACCGACGUCAUCGUCGAGCAAACCAAAUUCUACAAUCAGGAAGCCACCAUUCCCUACCAGGUGCUCCUGACCUUAUCCACCCAGACCUUGGGAUAUGCCUUCGCCGGCCUCGCCCGCCGCUUCUUGGUGCGGCCCGGUGGCAUGGUUUGGCCCGGUACCCUCAUGUCGGCCGCCAUGUUUUCCACCCUCCAUAAGGAGGAAAACAAACCCGCCAACGGCUGGACCAUCUCGAGGUGGAAGUUCUUCUACUUCGUUUUCGGCAGCGCAUUCACCUUCUACUUCCUGCCGGGCCUGCUGAUGCCCUGCCUGAGCUACUUCAACGUCGUCACCUGGUUCGCGCCCAAAAACGUCGUUGUGGCCAACUUGUUCGGUGUCGUCUCCGGGCUCGGUCUUUUCCCCAUGACCUUCGACUGGGCCCAGGUCACUUACAUCGGUUCCCCGCUCCUCGUGCCUUUUUGGGCCGCCGUCAACGUCGUCGGCGGCCUGUUCGUCGUCAUGUGGCUCAUCGCUCCCAUUGCCUACUACCUCAACCUCUUCUACUCCUCCUACAUACCCAUCAUAUCCGCCGCCGUCUUUGACAACACCGGCUCCGUCUAUAACGUGACGAAGAUUCUUACCGACGAUUUCCUCUUUGACCGAGAGUCGUAUAAGGAGUACAGCAGGGUCUUCCUGCCCAUCACCUACGUACUGAGCUACGGGCUCCAGUUCGCCGGCCUGGCCGCGCUGCUCACGCACACAGCGUGCUGGCAUGGCAAAGAGAUUUGGGAAACAGGGAGGACCGCUUGGAGAGAGGCACGCGACGAAGGCAAGGCAUCGUAUCAACCUCUCUCCACCCAAGAAGGACCCGGGGGAACCGGGAGACCCGGCAGCGCGGGGUCGUUCUCACGGGGUUCGCAGGCCCCACCAUCGCGGCUGGAGGGUCAUCUCCUGUUUAACGAGGACGUCCACUAUCGGCUGAUGAAAAGAUACAAAGACGCCCCCAUGACAUGGUAUCUGUUGACCUUUGUCAUUAUGCUGGCAAUAGGUAUUUUUGUCGUCGAAUACUAUCCGAUCCAUUUACCUUGGUACGGUCUGCUGUUGGCUCUAGCCAUCUGCGCCAUCUUCUUCAUCCCGAACGGCAUAAUCAUGGCCGUUACCAACCAACACAGCAGCAUCUACCUAAUCUGCCAACUCAUUUGUGGGGCCGUGUUCCCCGGCCGACCCAUCGCGAACAUGGUCUUCGUGACGUACGGGUACAUCUCCUCGGCGCAGGGCAUCAAGUUCGCAUCGGAUCUUAAACUGGGCCACUACAUGAAGAUCCCGCCGCGCAUCAUGUUCACGGUACAAAUGGCGGCCACCAUCGUGUCAUCCGUGACGCAGAUCGUCGUGCUGAACUGGAUGUUCGCGAACGUGUCGGGCCUGUGCACGAGCGAGGCCGUCAACGGCUUCACCUGUCCGCUCGCGCGGGUGCACUUCAACGGCUCGGUGCUCUGGGGCGUGGUGGGGCCGGAGGAGUUCUUCGGCCCGAACGCGACGUACCGGUCGCUCGUCUGGUUCUUCCUCCUGGGGGCGGUGCUGCCCAUACCGCUGUGGAUGUACAGCCGGGACCGGAAGAACAGCAUCGUGCGCAAGGUCAACCUGCCGCUCAUGUUCGGGUCCAUGUCGUGGAUCCCGCCCGCGACGGGGCUCAACUUCUCCGUGUGGGCGCUUGUGUGCUACAUCUUCAACUACCACGUCAAGCGGCGCGCCGGCGCGUGGUGGUCCAAGUAUACCAUGACCAUGAGCGCCGCGCUCGACUCGGGCCUGGCGCUCGGCAUCAUUGUUGUCUUUUUUGGGUUCAUAUAUCCCGGCGUUGUCGACAGUUUCAGGUGGUGGGGGACCGAGGUGUACAAACAGGGCUGCGACUGGCAGGCCUGCCCUUAUAAGACCGUGCCGGAGGGAGGGCACUUUGGACCGGAUACGUGGUGAUGUGAUGAUAUGAAGGCAAUGAUCUCGCGGAAUGGACGUGGUUAUGAAAUGUGAUGUGUUUUACGCCAUAUACGCAGGUGAAUCUACCAAAUCAUUCUAGAUAGCUUUUGGAAAAUGGAAGGCCGCGUUGUUGGUACCUUAUAUAGGCAUAGAGAUGGGCAUAUCGUAGCAUAGACUAUCUUCUUCUCUUUUCUUUUUUUUUCUUCUUCUCAAAUACAAAAUACCCAUG